GUAAAUGACUGUGAAGUGAAAGUGGCGCACUCACACGAUCAUUUGACGAAUGACUAUUAUAUAUUGUGAAGAGCGCUACAGUAUUCUGAUAUUUCGUAAAAGAAAAACAAAUAUAAUUGUUGUACUUGAUUAUUUGACAAAUAACUUUUUCGGUGAAAUAGCUUGGAGAUAAAGGUGCACGUUUAGUUAUUGAAAGGAACGUGAUAAAUGUGAACAAAGUUUCAUUGAAGUUGAUUAUAUUAGAUUUUUGAACAUAUAAGGAAAUAUUUAUUACAUUUUACAAUCAGAAAAUUCCAUUAUUGUUAUAUGGAAUAUGGAAGUCGGAUCAUCAAAACACGUAUGUAAAAUAGAAGCUGUUAAUCGUGCCCGUAAAAUACCAAGUGUAAAUUACUUGUGGGGUAAAUCUACAGAAGUAUAUGGCCGUGUAAAAGAUACAAAUGUAUUUGUACAUUGGGCGUUUAACACUAUGGAGAAUGUAGCUGAUACUAUGAUUGAAAAGUCAUUGCCAGUUGCUAAAUUAAUAGAAAAGCCUAUUUGUACACUUGAUAAGACGUUAUGUCAAGGAAUUGACUAUGUAGAAGUAAAGUUACCUAUAAUAAAGGAAGAACCAGAACAGAUUAUGAACCGGACCAAGUCUUUUAUAUCAGAGUGUCUUAAACCAGCUGUUGAAACAUUUACAAAUUUAAAGAAAGGAACCAAACACAAAGUUAAAGUUAUAAAAUUGCAUACUUAUUAUAAAGUUCACUAUUUAAGAAUGUACAGUUGGCAACAGGCAGAUAGAGUUAUGUCUACUGAAACGGGAAUUAGUAUUUUGAAAACUGUGGAUAGUACUACUAAUUUUGUUGAGUUAAUACUGGAUAAAUAUUUACCUGUUCCUUAUGACUUUCACAGUAAUGAAACUGAAAAGUUAUGCAAUGAAGAUGCUAAACUUCAUCAUACUGUUGGAAGGUUAAAGAAUAUGAGAUGUCCGUUCAUAGUGGAGGGUCAUGGUGUUCCUGCAUUGGUGUCAUGCGAACGUGAUUUAAGCCUCUGAAAAUACUGCUUAGACCCAGAGGCAGUUCCAAUUAACCCGCCACGUUGUACGCGAUAUUAGUUGGAUGUUGACAGUAGCCUCGAUAAAAUCUCUCGACAGCUUGUAGCUAGUCCGCUUAUUAUUCAUUACACUUUCAAGUGCGGUGAAGCUUCACCUGUAGGAGAGGACAGGUCUGUCGCGUGAAUAUCUCACGCGUCGCUUUCUGUGGAAGAUGGUUAAGAUAGCGUGACAUCUUGGUCCUGCGAGAUAGAAAACAUCCUCGUGAUUCAUCUAUUUAUGCAAAUACCCGUUGCAUCCCUUUGAUCGAGCAUCGUUGAAAGUUGUCCCCUG